AGUCGCUAGUGUUGUUUCAUUAAGUCAUGGCGGAUUUUUUCUUCUAAUUUAGAGAUUUACCUUUAAUUUUGUGGGUAGAUCUGCUAAAAAAGACGUCGUAUAAUUAAUUCGAUCUGUUCGUACGGUGGAAGCAAAGCGACAAGAACGUUUAAUUGACUUCAACUUGAAUCAAAGAAGAUAGCCAUCGACUUACAAGGAAAUACGUCUGACGGAUCGUCUCGGAUUUCGGUGGUAUAUAAAAUAAGUGAAAAUUAUACAAUUUAGACGUCGCACCGUAUUAAUUAAAUAUUACAAUUAGCAUGAUAAAAUAAGCGACUGCAACUGGACACGUCACUAUAUUUUACAGUUGCAGAAAAAGAUAUUGAGGCAAAAUGAAUGAAGGUGCACCUAUAGUGUACCAUGGGAACGGUGGGUUCGGCGCACCCGGAAUAUAUGUAGGCCAGGGUCAAAUGGAACGUCAAAAUCGGCAAUAUCCUAUGGAAGUGGUUCAAAUGAUUGGUGGAGUUGGGAUGCGCGGAAUGGGCUCCCCCAGACAGGGAAUGCAGCGCAGGUGGCAGCCACGUAGGGAGCGACAGCAAAAAGGCGAAAAUGCAUUUGGAUAUGAUUCAGAUGACUCCAGCCUAUCAAGUAAUGCCUCUGGCUCAAAUAAAUCCAGUGAAAAAGGGGACAAGCGCGACUCUGGCAGCUCGACGAACAACGUGAGCCGUGAGUGGCGCGCGCGCAACCGCCGCGAGCAUCGCCCGCGUAGGAUCGCGCCCGACCGCUACCUCACUGCUGCAUAUCCGUUUCAGGUCAAGUUCACGCCUGAUGAUUUGUUGAAUGGCUCGAAUUGGGAUACACUAUCACAAGAGAUCUGGGACAAGUUCAUAAAGUCCCAGCAGACUGAGGAGACAUUCCACAAGAAGAUGAACUUAUGGAGAUAUCUUUAUAUCACCAUUAAGUCAAUAUUCCCCCGCUACGGGCUGUACGUGGUGGGCUCCACAAUGUCGGGCUUCGGCCUCGAGUCAUCAGACAUGGACCUGUGCCUGUACGUGCGUGCGCUCGCGCAUCUGGAGCCGCGUGCGCAUGCGCUGCUGCACCUCGACUAUAUACUCGCCUAUAUACGCGCUAUUGAUCCUAACGCGGAGCUGAUCCAGGCGAAGGUGCCGAUCCUGAAGUUCCGCGACGCGCGCGCGGGCGUGCACGUGGACCUGAACUGCAACAACGUGGUGGGCGUGCGCAACACGGAGCUGCUGCUGUGGUUCUCGCGCGCGGACUGGCGCGUGCGCCCGCUCGUGGCCGUGGCCAAGCUGUGGGCGCGCGCGCACCGCGUCAACGACGCGCGCCGCCGCACGCUCUCGUCCUACGCGCUCACGCUCAUGGUCAUACACUUCCUGCAGUGCGGCGCUACGCCGGCGAUCCUGCCGCGCGCGAGCGAGGCGGCGUGCGGCGCGGCGCGCGCGCGGCCCGCCAACCGCACGCCGCUGGGCGAGCUGUUCGUGCAGCUGCUGCAGUACUACGCGCACUUCCCGUACGAGCGCAUGUGCGUGUCGGUGCGCGCCGCGCGCCGCCUGCCGCGCGCCGACUGCCGCAUGCACGACCCGCACGUGCAGCAGCUCAUCUGUGUCGAGGAACCGUUCGACCUGUCCAACACGGCGCGUUCCGUCUACGACCCGGAGUCGUUCGAGAAGAUCGUGACAGCUUUCCGCGAAAGCUACAAGCGUCUCUCCGCCGGCAUGCGGCUGGCGGACGCGUGGCCCGCGCCGCAGCGAUGAUGCCCGCCGCGCGCCCGGGGCCCGCCGCCCGACCGGGGCCCGCCGCCCGCCCGGGGCCCGCCGCCCGACGACCCGCCGCUAGGCCGACCGACUGGCAGGACCGCGGUGGUCUAGCCUGUGGUGCGAACCAGUGAUGUGAUGUGCCAGGGCGAUCGCCCCACUCGGCUUGUGACAGUGAAAUUGUGAAGUGAUCUUGACAGUGUUGCAAGGAGUCGCCGGUUGGGAUUCGUUUGGUUCGCUCGAUUAGUGGGGACUCAUGAAAAUAGUCGUGUAAUGUUUAACGUGACUCCACUGGGACUCAUCUCUUGCAACAUUAUCGCGUACAAAGCUAUAUUAUAAUAGGGUGCAGUCCCAAAUAGUGCCGUAACAAUAAUCGACUGGCUGUGAUAUGCGACUGAAUCCCUGUAUAUAUGUAGUCGUAAUAUAGUACUUAGCGUCCGACCGGAAAUAUCUCGGCGGCCGGUCGCCCGCCGGCGCGGCGGCUCUGUCCCGCCCUGCCCUGUUCUGUUCUCUCGGCGCGGGACAGAGCCCCCCCCCCCGCCUGCAAUGCAUUUUUAGUUCCUACUUUUUCACAGACGGCCACUUAUUAUUUAUAGUACAUAUUUUAUAUUUAUAGAACUAUUGUCACUAUGGACAUAUGUUAAAUCACAUAGUGCCAUGUUUUUAGUUAGUGUUGUUACUAGUCAGUUACGGCCCACCAAAGAGUGUCCGCUCUGAAAUCGGUCGAGACGCGCA